CCUAAACCCUCAUCAAUGAGUCAUCAUCCCCAUUGGUAAGCUGUUGGGCUGGCUGCCCCGGGGAAAAGAUGACUCUGGCAUGUCUCUUGUCAGAGGGGGAUCUGUUGUAAGGACCUUGCUAGAACACCACUGCCUCACUGCUCUCACCACCUGAGCAGUUAAAGUCGGUGGCAGGCUCUGAUCCCCAGACUUUAUCUUUAUCGUAUUUCUACUGAGGGACUGUGUUCUGACGCCCAGAGCAGUAGCUCUGCCAUCAAGUAAUGUGCUGUGCUGAAAUUAAGUGGCUUGCUUAAGAACAUCUCAAGCAACUUUGAAGGAGAAAAUUCUCUGGUAUUUGAUGUGUUUAUCAUCAGAUGAGAAAACUGAAACUCAGAAAGGUCAAAUAACAUUCCCAAGAGAACACAGAUAGUUUGUGGCAACGUCCUGGCUUGGAACCUUGGCAGCCUGACACCAGAGCCUGUGUGUUUAAACAUGAAAUAUACUAUCUUUGAAACACAAGCUUCCUGAAGUGAGACACUCUUGAAUUCCUGACGGGGGAACAGGAAGCUAAGCAUGUGGAAGGCUGUCAAUAUAUAUUUGAGUUCCAUCUACAAAACCAGACUUCCUCAGUAAGACCAAUCCUCAGAAGGCUGUCUGCAGGUCAAAACUAUACCCAGGGACACUCCUUGGGUGUGCCACCUCAUUUCUGGUGGUGUUCACUUUUCAUACCCCAGAGCACUUGAGAAAGAUGGAAGAGGCAAACCUGAGCCAUGAAACUGAGUUUGAGCUCUUGGGCCUCACCAGUGACCCCCAGUUGCAGACACUGCUCUUUGUGGUGUUCCUGGGCAUGUACAUCAUCAUUCUGUUGGGGAAUGUGAUUAUGUUCCUCCUGAUCCACAUGAGUGCCACCUUGAAUACACCCAUGUACACCCUCCUAAAAAGCUUGUCCUUUUUGGAUUUCUGCUACUCCUCCACAGUUGUCCCUCAGACACUGGUGAACUUCUUGGCCAAGAGGAAGGUGAUCUCCUAUCUUGGCUGCAUGGCUCAGCUGUUCUUCUAUGCGGGUUUCGCCACCAGUGAGUGCUAUCUCAUUGCUGCCAUGGCCUACGACCGCUAUGCUGCUAUUUGUAACCCCCUGCUCUACGCUGUCACCAUGUCUCCUGAAGUCUGUGCCUCUUUGAUUGCAGGCUCCUUCAGCGCAGGAUUCCUCAAUUCUCUUAUCCACACAAGCUGUAUCUUCAGUCUGAACUUCUGUGGUGCUCACGUGGUCACUCAUUUCUUCUGUGAUGGGCCACCCAUCCUGUCUCUGUCUUGUGUGGACACUUCGCUGUGUGAGAUCUUGCUCUUUAUUUUUGCUAGUUUCAACCUUUUGAGCUGCACCCUCACUAUCUUGGCUUCUUAUCUCUUAAUUCUCAUCACCAUCCUGAGAAUGAACUCAACCCAGGGCAGGUUCAAGGCCUUUUCCACCUGUGCUUCCCACCUCACUGUUGUGUGCCUCUUCUAUGGCUCAACACUUUUUAUAUACCUGCGCCCCAGGUCCAGCUACUCCCUGGCCCAAGACCAAAGAGUUGCAGUGAUCUACACAGUGGUGAUACCGAUGCUGAACCCCCUUAUCUACUCCUUGAGAAACAAGGAUGUGAAGGAAGCUUUAAAGAAGCUUUGGGGCAGGAAAAUAAUGGAAUGAUCUUCUCAACUCAUUACCACAUAUCUGUAGGAAGCCGAGGGCACUUUAUCUUAUGUGGUGCUAAUCUGAGCAUGUUCCUACACUUGCCCAGUGAAUAGUGCACAUGCUCUCUGAUCUGCAGGUGUUUCUGUAUCAACCUGCUGGCCUGCCAUAGAGAGUUGGUGGUGUCAUAGAGACUAGAAAGAAGUGAAAAGGGAGUGUCUGCUUGUUGCAUAAUGGAAUCCCUUGACAAGAUUUAGUCAUGCCUGUGUUCAGAUGAUUCAUUCAUAUGUCUGUAUUUAUGAAUAUUUUGUUCCAUUAUUAAAAACUGGCAUUUAUAUUCUUCAUAAGAAAGUUUCCCCUUAACUAAUUUGAAUAUCUUGGCUGCUUGGGGGAAUCCUUCCCAUUCUUUACAGUCUCCUCUUUGUAAAAAAUGACUCCUUGGCAUAACAUUUUUUAAAAAUUCUUGAAUUACUUGAAUGAUACUGUAACAACUUCAAAAGUUCACAUGAUGUUUGUCUUUGUUUACUUUUCCCCUGGCCAAAUAGCCACUUGGUCACUUUCAAACUGUGUAAACUUGGGCAAAUUACUUAACUUUUCUGAGUCACAGAUGUCUCGUCUAUUAAUUGCUGUGAGUUUUAAAUCACUCAGUUAGAUACUGCAGGUAAAUCAUUUAGCAUAUAAUAGUCAUUCAUAUGUUCCCUCGCCUUUUCCUUUAUACCAGUGCCCCUAGGUUCUAACAAAGUGAGAAAGAGGACAUACUCUGCUUUUUUCAAAGUCUUGUUUUUCCUGCUAGUAUUCUAUUCUUGGUAAUUUCUAAGUUGUGAUUGAAUUGAACUAAUCAUUUUCAAAUAAGAAGAAUCAGGUAGAGGGAACUCAAUCCUGCAUAAUAUUCCUGCGCUCUCAGUCCUCAUUGAUAAACUUGAGGAAUAUAAACAAGGCAUGCUUGGCUAGUCCCCUUGCAAGGGGAGACCUGCCCUGGUUCUAUGAAUCCAUGUCUCAGUCAGCAAAGUCUGCCUAACUCUGGAGUUCAAUUUCAUAAAGACCAUUUCCCCAGAUACAAUCCAUGUGCUUUAUUUAUCCUUUAACAGUAACACAAGUGAUAUUUUGCUUUCUAUCUGAUUAUAUUUUAUCCUUGUUCUAAAUUGUUCAGAAUCAGGAGGGAAAGAAUGGUGCACCCAGGAAAAAAUCCUGAAACUGAACUUUUCCCUGAAUUUAAUGGCCAUUUCUCCAGUUAUCAUAGAGUUUACUGUUAGCCUUUAAUAAUUAAUGUUCAUCACAUUAAGUAUAGUGAUACUCUUUUGGUACUAAUUAAAGAUUUUAUUAGAGGUGAUGUGGUAUGGCUGAUAAGGAUGUGGGCUCUAGAGCUACACUAUGUUGGUUUAAAUCCUGGCUCCAUCAUUUCCACAUGUGUGACAUUAUUUAACCUCACUGAGUUUCAGUUUUCCUUUUUGUAAAAUAGAGAUAUAAGAAUUAUAGCAAUACAGUUGUUAGGAGAAUUAAAUAAGGUAAUGGAAGCAAAGCCUUUGGAACAAAUGCCUGGCACAUGUAAUUUUUCUUAUUAGA